UGAAACACAAAAAUCAAAAUGUGUGCGGGUUUUAGACUUGUAAAACCUUUCUAGGAUUGUUAAAAACCAUGCUUUAGAAUGAUUCAAACGGCCCAUUCCUCGCUGGCGCUGUACACAAGUAAUGCUUGUUACCUCACUCUCAGUAGAUUCAACUAUGUCGACCUUUUCCGGACACCACCAGCAGGCAUGGCAGCAGAUGUCAUCAUCAUUUCAGAGUGUCAGAUCCUUCUCCCAUGAUUGCCAGCCUCAAACUAAGAUCUUUAUCUUCAGCGUACUGACCCAUUGCCCCAUGUGUGGAAAUGUUGUUGAUCAGUCUAGUGUGACAUCCCCAGUGGCACGGUAUCCGUCACCGUUUCUGUCGGCCCAUGGGGUACCUUACAGCUUGGUCAUCAAGCCAACAGUUGGUGACUUUCUCACUUCCUAUGGACCAGGCAAAAAUUUACACACAGGAUUAACUACUUCCAAAGGAUCAGUAUACAGUUUUGAUGAAUCAGGAGUCCAUUCGGAGUCUACAGGAUGGCAUCAGUGUUUGACUGUACCUCUAGUGGAGGAGUAUGAUGAGGAGAUGAAGAACGGCUGGGAUGGGAGACUAGCAGAGGCUGCUGCUGAUCCUCAGUGGUGUAGAGAAAGAUAUCAAGACGAUAGACACAACUGCUUUGAUUUUGUUAUAAGCUUCUUAGAAUUCAUUGGCUGCAACCCGAUCCAACCAGAAUGCAAUCAACCAAUCACAAGAGAGAAUUUCUGCCGUGACCUCAUCAUGCCAGUGACCUCUAGAGCAGCCGGGUACAUUGGAAUCUAUCAGAGUAUUGAUAAGUAUGGUUUCUUAGUUCAACAAACUGCAAAAAGGUGAUGGAGAGCGGCACAUGGUUACAAUUAAACAUUAUAACUCUGGACACUUUGGUAAUUGUCAGAGACCAGUCUUCUCAAUUGGUGUAUCUCAACAUAUGCACAAAAUAACAA